AUCCACAAUCGCCAGCUCACAAGUAAGUAAUAGUCAACUCACAUAGAUUGAAUUGAAAAGAACCAAAAAGCAAAACAAAAUUUCCCAUCCACCGCCGGAUCACCACCCUCCGCCGCCGAUGGACACCUCCGACGAACCCAACAAGCCAUCCUCCGCCCAUCCCGAGCCCACCUCCGCCGCCGCCCAACCUCUCCUCUCCAAACCAUACCCGCCGCUCGAGCCGCCCAUCGCCUCCAUCUCCGGUCACGACGAAGAAGACGAAACACAGUACCUUCAGAUUUCCUACAAUCACGGCCCUCGCCCCGUUAAAGACAUAUUAUUUCUCCUUCUCUUUUGUCUCUUCGUACUAUGCACCUUCGUAUUUGGGAUUUUUGCCUCUGUCCGCAGAAACCCUCACCGCCGCCAAAUCUCAUCCUUCAUCUACAAUACGACGUCGUCCUCUUGCUCCCUGCUAAAGAGCGAUGUCGAUUUCACAGUAAAUGCCCAAAGAUCGACACUUUUCUCCGACUUGAUUGAUAAUCCACCAUUUUCACACAAUCCCACGACCUUAAAUUCCAUAAAUUCGAGUGUCCUGAGGAGCUUGAUAUGGACUCUGGUUAUAACCCUAAUUUUGAGCGGCCCCUUUGUUUUCUCCGUGCUUAUGCUGCUCAAACACUACACUAAGCAAAUAGUUUACGCCUCCAUUCCCUUUUUCUUGAUAAUCCCGAUCGCCAUUAACGUCUACUGGUUCGUUGCUUGCACUGUGAGCUCGGCCUGCAGCCACGCUUUUCCCCUGGCGUAUCGAAUAUUCUUGUUGAUCUUCGUGUUCUUGAUAAUUGGGGUGAUCAUGUGGAUUUUCGUGGUCAAUUGGCAUAGAAUUGAGCUGACUGUGAGAAUAAUCCGUGUAUCUUCUAAUGCAUUAUCGAAGAAUUUAGGGAUAUUUGGUGUUCUUCCUGUUCUUACUCUUGGAUUGCUUGUUUACUAUAUGCCAAUUGUCGUGUUUUUGAUAUUUGCCGACUGGAAUGGGAAAAUUGUGCCUAGAGAAAAAAAUGGUGAGAUUGUUUGUGUUUGGAAAAGGGAUAGUUGGGUGCCUGCUUAUUACACGUUGGCGAUUUUAACAAUGUUGUGGUCUAUGGCUGUUAUGGUGGAGGCUCAGGUGUAUGUGAUUAGUGGGACCAUUGCACAAUGGUACUUUUCGAAGGAUGAUGAUGAGUCAGGGCCUAAGCACGCGAUUAGAAGUUCCUUGAGAAAUGCAUUUGGCUCCUCCUCGGGAACAAUUUGUCUCUCGGGAUUGCUGAUUUGUGUGGUUCGCAUAGUUCGAUCGGUGGUCGAUAGCGCAAGACAGGAAAAUUCAUCCGGGAUUGUGAACUUCAUCCUACGGUGCUGUGCGAAUGCUCUACUCUUAGCCAUUGAUUUUCUCAACAAGUUCACGAUCAAUUUUGUCGCCAUAACUGGCGAGUCCUAUUGCAAAGCUGCUAGGAUGACUUAUGAGCUCUUGAGAAGGAACCUCUUAUCGACCGUGUUCGUGGAGACUGUGUCGACUCGAAUAUUGGCCGGGAUCGUGCUUGUUUUGUCUGCAAUUUAUGCGAUUGUGGUUUGUGUUCUCCUAAAAGCCGUUUUCCACCUAAGCAACGAAGCCUAUUUUGUGGCUGUCAUCUCGUGGGCUUUGCUAAUCGUGAUUCUCGGUUUCUUGGUGCACGUUUUGGACAAUGUUAUUGACACGGUUUAUGUGUGUUACGCCAUAGACAAAGACAGUGGAGAUGUUUACAAGCAAGACGUGCAUGAAGUUUACGUUCAUCUGCCCAUCAGUCGAAGCCAUCGGCCGGGUUUCGUGUCGAGAAAUCCUCUCGUCGUGUAAAAUUAUUUUCGCCCGAUUUAGUUCCUCAUGUUGUAUUAUCUUGUAAUUUCUUUGUAUGUGUCUUUCUUUUUAUCUUCUUUGAGAGUGUAAAUUUGCAGCAUGUGUAGCUUAGACUUUUUUUUUUCUUUAUUAUUAUUAUUGUAAACAAAGGUUUUGUGUAAUUGGAGGGGCACUGACAAAUAUUCCCUUAAUUGUCGUAAAUGGUAAUGGGUGUGACAAGCCAGCACAAGCUAAUUGGGCCACCAGAAUUUUACUGGGACGCUAACUUGAAGUCUCUGGCCCAAUUUGUAUAUAACUUUUUUAUUGGGCUGAUUGGAUUCUGACCUAUGGGCCCCCCCAACUGCAAGGUCUGAUACGCCUGGUUUUUCUUGGGCUAAUUAAACAUUUUCCGAGCAUUUAGUCCAAA